AAACGAGUUGGUUUUGUUGUUAUAAGCAAGCCAUCCUCACAAAAACUCAAACACCCCCAUAGAUUGUUCUUCCCAAACCCUUCGAAUUCGUAUACAAGAAAUGGAGUCGAACGUGCCCAUCAGCUGGACAAACGAGAAGCAUGUGCAGUUCUUGAACACCAUGGAGGCUUCCUUUGUGUGCUCCAUGUUCGAAAGCAAGGGUCGCGUUGCUCGUCUCGAUCGUUUUGUGCCGGACACCUCCGACUCGACCCUAGAUCGGAUCAGAACCCCAAAGACGACGACCAAGAAAUCUGGUCCGAUACGACGAAUGGGCGGCGGAGCUGUCAGAAGAACAAGGAGAUUACCGUCGCAACCGUUCAUUUCUUCGCAGCUGGAUCAGGUGGUUCCGCAGUAUGAUAUCUCAGUAGUUGGUGACUUGGUGAUAAAGCACUAUGAGAGAUGCGUAGAAAAUAAAAAUGAGAAAGUUGCAGAGCCAUGAUUUAUCAAAAUAAAAUGUACCAGUGGCGAGCUGGUUGAUUUUUCAGGAGGUAGCAA